AUGUCUAUACUUAUCUUCAUGGUUUCCGAUAAGAUGCCGUCAACGUCCUCUUUCAUUCCUCUGAUUGGACGCUGGCAGCUUACGUAUGCGUCAUCUAUGUCUGCAAAAAAAGGUGGUUUCGGCUCGUUCGGCUCACAAGAAUCGUUGGCAAACCGCCGUGCCGGAAAACGAUGCGCUGGGCGCGGGCCAGAAGUGCUCGUUGGAAGAUUUGUUCGUAUGGAAAUGCCUCUCCUUAUGAAGCAGGCAUACGCGCAGAAGGCCAGAGAGGAUAAACUGCGACGCGCACAGGAAGGACGGAAGCAGAGUCUGUGGCAACGCGUCUACAAGGUGGCCAGAGAACAAGCACAGCUCAGAAAGAUAUCGAGCGCACAACAGAAACUGAGUGGGAACGGAAACAUGUCGUCACCGGAUAUUCAGCAACUACAAGUGCCAAAAAAGAGCUGCACAAUCAACACGGAUGUCACGUGUAUCGAUGAGCAACGUUUGUUUUGA